AAGACGCUACUUUCAAUUUCAUAUUAAAAUGGAUUUUUGUACUGCAAUUGAAAUUUUAGCUGUUGCUGUUGCUGUAAUUCAAAUAUUGAGGCUUAUAUUUACUGACUGUGAUCUUCAGCUGCAAUGGGCAGAAAAGUUUGGACAAUCAACGGGAGUUUUAGCGCGCAAGGUAGUAUGGAUCACAGGAGCAUCCAGUGGCAUUGGGGAAUACCUCGCAUAUGAGCUGGCAAAGGCAGGGUGCCGACUAAUCUUGACUGCACGCAGGGAGGAGGAACUACAGCGGGUCAAAAAACAGUGUCUUUCGUUUGGCUCGUUACUGGAUGAGGAUAUAUUGGUGUUGCCCCUGGAUCUUCUCCAGUUUGACCGACACCGGCCUGCUGUUGAAGAGGUCAUUGCCAGAUAUAAACAGAUAGAUGUGUUGGUGAACAAUGCAGGUAGAUCUCAGCGUGCGGCCUGGGAGAAGACAGACCUACAGGUUGACCGUGAGAUGCUGGAGAUAAACGUGCUGUCCGUCCUCUCACUUACCAAGCAGGUGCUGCCCCGCAUGUUGGACAGGGGUCAAGGUCACAUUGUCAACAUGAGCAGUGUGGCUGGCAAAGUGGGUGCACCACUGUCUGGAUCUUACACAGGGGCCAAACAUGCUAUUCAGGGAUGGUUUAAUGCGUUGAGGAUGGAAAUGUACAGCCGUAAUAUUUCUGUAACAAACCUGUGCCCAGGGCCCGUAUUUUCUAACCUUCUGAAGGGGAGCUUCACAGAAAAAACAGGAGAGGUUUUAGAUGUUGAGAUGAAGGAAGGAGAGAAACGGAUGUCCACAGAGCGUUGUGCCCGACUUUGUGCGGUUGCCAUAGCAAACAGACUGGACGAAGUCUGGAUUUCCCAGCAUCCAAUUUUGCUCGGCGUGUACUUAAGCCAGUACAUGCCAACUAUUGGAACAUGGCUUUUGAAACGUGUUGGAGUCAAAGUUGUGAGCCGUUUCAGGGAAGGAAAAUAGAAAAAGUUGUGGAUAGAUUAUGUUUACAGCACCUGAAGCACCAUUGAUAGGAGACUUGCGCAACCUGUUAUUUAUUUAACUUCUUUUAAAGGUUCAUUUUAUAUUAUUAUGCAAUAGGAAGGGUCUGUGACCUAUGUAACAGUUAAUCUACCACUUUUUAAAUUAAAUAUAUUUUAUAUAUUGAUAUUUAGCUCAUCUGUUUAUCUAAGAAAUAGUUGAGGUAUUCUCAUGGCCUUGAUGUCGUGAUCACAGGCAUUGCUCUCAGCAUUUCUGCGCAAAACAUUUAAAGCGUUCAAGAUAUUUAAAUGGAACUUGAUAUACAAGUUUCCAGAGAUAAUAAGCACAUGAAUAGCAUAGUUCAUGUUUGACGAAUUAGUUAUGCCCCUUAUUUUAAAAACAGGCCAAGUGUUUGUGUUCUCUCUGCAGAGCACUAUUUAUUAUAUACAUGUACAUUUUGCACUUGUAAUUGUUGGAGAGAAUAUUCGAUCAUUUGUUGCAGAUUUUUGUAUGUACGUGUAUUUUUUUCUUGUGCCUUAUAAUCAGAGUUGUAAAAGAUACGAAAGAAUGUCAAGUCAGUAUUUAUAUUUGAUUGGGUGCUUAUGCGACUGGGUAACAUAGGCUAUGUAUAACGUUUGACUGACAUAACUGAAUAAAUAUACAAAUGUAUAGACAAUGAAUGUAAGUAAACUACUACAGUUAUCGAAGUUACUGAUCUUGAAUAUGUUUUCCAUUUUGUAUUCAAAGGUAUAUAAAAUGAAUGCAAGUAUUUAUUUCCUUUUACAUAUAAUAAUAUAUAUUUUUUAUCUUAAAGCAAGACUGUUGUAACACACUCUAUAUGUAUUAUUGAGUUACUCUCAUCAUGCACUUAGCCCGCAGUUUGUCAAAACAAAAAAUGUUAUUCAGAUUUUUGUAUGGGUUGUUUGUUCGUAAAAUGCACAAUUAUAUUACUUGUAUAUUGUUUGUU